CGCAUGUUUACACAUCUAUGAGCAUUACUACCACCCGCUUCGCCCACUUCCUACGUGCAGGAACAUUCAGACCUGCCAACUGUUCAGUUCCAUUAUCCAGCUCUACGCUCCCUCUUCGCACCAAUAUACCUGGCCCGUCGCACCUAAGGUUCCCUCGCGCCGAGUCAUCCGCCUUUACGAGACAAUUCCAUGCAUCACACGCGGCGCAUGACUUUCAUUUUGAUACUCACCACUUCGUGCAGCGGCUUGAGCGCGAGGGGCUCAACCGUGCACAGGCGGAAGGCAUAAUGGGUGCCAUGGCGGAGGUCAUCGAUGAGAGUAUACGGAAUAUGACGAGCAACAUGGUCACGAAAGCUGAGCAAGAGAAGCGUCAAUACACCCAGCAGGUCGAUUUCGCACAGCUGAAAUCCGAGCUGCAGCUUAUAGAGAAGAACGACCUCGCUUCCCUGAAAGCUGAUAAUGACCGGUUGGUUGCGGAUAUGCAGAAGCUGAAACAGCGACUCCGAGAAGAGAUUACGCGUACUCAGGCUGGCGUUCGACUGGAUCUUAACUUGGAGAAGGGACGGAUGCGGGAUGAGAGCAGUGGGCAGGAGCUCAAGAUCAAGGAGGUGGACACGAGAAUUGAGCAGGAAAUUGCGAACUUGAGGACGACGAUUCAGCAGUCCAAGGCAACGACGCUGCAGUAUCUCGUUGGAUUUGUAACUGGUUGUUCUGCGCUCCUAAUGGCAUAUCUAAGAUUCAGAGUAUAACCCGUUGCAUAAUCGUCUCUUAAAUUCGACUCCGGAAGGCUUCGAAUGCUAGGGACCGGGAUCAUAAAGGAUCAUAACCUAACAUAUCAUCGCACCUAAUUGUAUGAUUGCCUGUAAGUAGAUAGAUACCACAUAGAUUCACGUUGUUAGGCGCCAGCAAAGAUGAGCUCGAGGGUGUAGCUUGAGUACUGAGUGGCUAGCAGCAGGCCGCCAUAGUGUAUGUGAAUGCACUAUUUCACC